UAUGUUUUCAGUAUUCCACAUCAAAACAUCAUGUAGUGCACAGGGCAUUAAAGUGUCACUGCCCCAAUCCCAGCUACCUAUCCCUGUACAUUACAGCAGUCACGGGAUCUGGCCCUUCCGGGUGGGGGGGGCGCUCUCUUGCUGCAUGGCAGUGGGUGCAGGAGGGUGCUUUCCUAGCCGUUCCAAGCUUUUCAGGUUUGAAUCGGUCCCGGGGGCUCUCUCUCUCUUAUCUUGUCUGAUUUAUUAAUCUCAAUUUCAAUUAAAUUGUAUAUAUUGUGUUAUUUUGUAUUCCGAUAUUAUAGUAAAAUAAGUUUUCCUCCAUAGAUUGUUGCCGCUGCUCUUUUCCUCCCUUCCUUCCUUCCCAUUUUUGUGGGACUGGGGUGGGGGGGGAGGGCAGAGGCCUGUCUCCCCUGUCACGGACAUAGAUUGAUCUGGUCAACUCCGUGACAGAUUUUUGGCGCCCAACGUGGGGCGAUACAGCAGAAGAAGUCUUUACGAAAGGAGAGCGAAUAAUCCAAAUUCUUCUGAGCGCUGGUUUUGCUAUUAAGCAAAGCAAAGUGAAAGGACCUGCCCAGGAGAUUGAGUUCCUAGGCAUAAAGUGGCAAGAUGGCCGUCGUCACAUCCCGACAGAUGUGAUCAACAAAAUCACUGCUAUGUCUCCACCCACUAGCAAAAGAGAGACACAAUCUUUUCUGGGUGCAGUGGGCUUUUGGAGAAUGCAUGUUCCAAAUUACAGCCUCAUUGUAAGCCCCCUUUAUUAUGUAACGCGAAUGAGAAAUGAGUUUACAUGGGGCCCUGAGCAGCAGCAGGCUUUUGAACAGAUUAAGCAGGAGAUAGCCCGUGCCGUGGCCCUAGGGCCAGUACGGACGGGACAGGGUAUAAAGAACAUCCUCUGCACUGCUGCUGGAGAGAAAGGUCCCACUUGGAGUUUGUGGCAAAGAGCCUCAGGAGAGACCCGAGGCCGACCCCUGGGAUUCUGGAGUCGAGCCUACAGGGGGUCAGAAGAGCACUACACUCCAACUGAAAAGGAGAUCUUAGCCGCUUAUGAGGGGGUUCGGGCUGCUUCUGAAGUAGUCAGUACUGACACACAGCUCCUUCUGGCACCUCGACUGCCAGUGCUGAACUGGAUGUUUAAAGGAAAGGUUCCCUCCACCCAUCAUGCUACUGAUGCCACUUGGAGUAAGUGGAUUGCACUGAUUACACAAGGAGCACGGAUGGGGAACCUCAGCCGUCCAGGAAUCCCAGAGGUCAUCAUGGACUGGCCUGAAGGUAAAAAGUUUGGAACACCACCGGGAGAAGAAGUAUCACGUGCUAAAGAAGCCCCACCAUACAAUGAACUACCAGAGAAUGAAAAGAAAUAUGCCCUAUUCACAGAUGGAUUGUGUCGUAUUGUGGGAAAGCAUCGCAGAUGGAAAUCUGCUGUGUGGAGCCCCACACGACAAGUUGCAGAGGCCACUGAAGGGAAAGGAGAAUCAAGCCAAUUUGCAGAGGUAAAGGCUGUCCAGCUGGCCUUAGAUGUUGCUGAACGGGAGAGGUGGCCAAUGCUCUAUCUUUACACUGACUCAUGGAUGGUGGCAAAUGCCUUAUGGGGGUGGUUACAGCAGUGGGAGCAAAAUAACUGGCAAAGAAGGGGUAAACCUAUUUGGGCUGCUGAACUGUGAAAAGACAUUGCUUCCUGAAUAAAGAAUAUGGUUGUGAAGGUGCGUCAUGUAGAUGCUCAUGUGCCCAAGAGUCGGGCUACUGAAGAACAGCAAAACAACCAUCAGGUAGACCGAGCUGCCAGAAUUGAGGUGGCUUAAAUAGACCUGGACUGGCAGAACAAGGGUGAACUAUUCCUAGCUCGGUGGGCCCAUGAGACCUCAGGUCAUCAAGGGAGAGAUGCAACAUACAAAUGGGCUAGAGACCGAGGGGUGGACUUAACUAUGGAAGCCAUUGCACGGGUUAUUCAUAACUGUGAAACAUGUGCCAUCAUCAAACAAGCCAAGAGGAUGAAAUCUCUCUGGGAGGAAGGGCGAUGGCAAAAGUACAAAUAUGGGGAGGCAUGGCAGGUUGAUUAUAUCACCUUGCCACGAUCUCGCAAUGGUGAGCAUUAUGUGCUUACUAUGAUGGAGGCAACCACUGGGUGGCUUGAAACAUAUGCAG